GGCCAAACGCCCCACCGACCGUCCACGAUCAUCCACAGCAGAAAUAGAAGGCGGCGGCUUAACUACCGGCGGCGGCGGCUGCUGCCGUAAUCCGAGGGGACCCGGAAGGAAGGAGCCGGCGAGGGGCGGAGCGGAGGAGAGGAGAAGAGCCGAGCGGAGCGGCCUCGGGCUCCUGUGUUGGUGCCGGGCGGAGCUGAAGACGGACUGGCCCGGAUCCCAGGCUCUCGGUAGCGGAACCUGCAAGAUUUGGACAUGUCCUUUAUAUUUGACUGGAUUUACAGUGGUUUCAGUAGUGUACUACAGUUUUUAGGACUGUACAAAAAAACUGGUAAACUAGUAUUCCUUGGUUUGGAUAAUGCUGGGAAAACGACUCUCCUACAUAUGCUUAAAGAUGGCAGACUGGGUCAACAUGUCCCCACACUACAUGCAACUGCAGAAGAGCUGACAAUUGCUGGUAUGACUUUCACUACUUUUGAUCUAGGCGGACAUACCCAAGCUCGCAGAGUGUGGAAAAACUAUCUGCCUGCCAUCAAUGGGAUUGUCUUUCUGGUGGAUUGUGCAGAUCGUGAAAGAUUGGCUGAAUCAAAGCAAGAAAUUGAUGCACUUAUGACAGAUGAAACCAUUGCUAACGUGCCUAUCCUAAUUCUUGGUAACAAGAUUGACAGACCAGAAGCCAUCAGUGAAGAAGGGCUACGAGAGAUGUUCGGUUUGUAUGGCCAGACAACAGGAAAGGGGAAUGUUUCAGUGAAAGAAUUGAACACCCGACCCUUAGAAGUCUUCAUGUGCAGUGUGUUAAAGAGGCAAGGCUAUGGUGAAGGAUUUCGUUGGAUGGCACAAUACAUUGAUUAAUGCCAAAAUCACAUUAGUACAUACUAUCCCAAGCCUGUUCAUUAUUUGAUCUCUCAGUGUACAUAACUUGAACUCAAUAGACUUUGGUUACAAUAGCGUAUUUUUUUUAUUAUUGUAUCAAUUGUGUUAAAUUUUAAGUGUAAAGACUGAAAAUGGAUUUUAAGCAAGUUUGUCAAUUUGGAUCUUGUAACAUUAGUCUCUAGUCCUAUAAAACCACUUUCUUUUGGGAUUCAUAGCUUGUCUCUUGUCUGCAGUCCUUUUUUGUGUGACAGUGACUUUCUAGCUCAGUAUGGUUUUUUUUAAUGCACUUUUUAACAGCUCAACUCUGCAGAUUUGUUGGUCAUAUAUAAUGCUCAUCAUGUUAAAUUUUUAUGUACUUUUUUCAAAACUGGUUUUAUAAAUGUAGAGUGUAUAACCACCUCUCAAAGAAUAGUAAUGAAUCAGCUUACGGAUAAUUGCAUGAUGCCUUACAGUUUUCAAUAAUAUACUUUCUUAUGCAACGUCAUGCAAUAAAACUAAAUCCCAUUUCUUGACAUCUUUAAUGGGAAAUACUUCAUUUUAAUGUGUCUUAACCUAGUAAGGAUGUCUCAAAAUGUGAAUAUGUGGGGUAGCUUUUUGAAAUGCAGUAUAAUUUCAGUGCACUGUAGAUUUUUUAAUUUAUUUAUCUGAUUACUUUUUUUGCUGGGAAUUAAUCCAAUUAAUUUUAACCAUGUUUUCUGAAUAUCAGCAUUCAUUCACAGUUCUCCACGUUGUACAGCAAGAGGUACCAUGAUCUCACUGUAUCAUAGUACUAGUGAAUGCCUGGAUUUCGUGCAGGAAUUUAAAUAACCACAGGAAGAACGAAAGGCUUUGUGCCCUGCUGCAUCCAUAGGUUAAAGAGUGUUUUGCACAAGCUUCUGGGAUGUGGCAAAGGUGGAUAAUUUAGGACGGCAGUCUAUUGGCCUAAGGAAUAGGGCAGUGUACUCAGCACUUAAGAUCUACAAGAUUUUGUUUUUCUGGAUUUUCUAAAUUUUUCCUAGAUUUUCUUCACUAGGGUUGAGGCCUCUGAGUGUUUAUACCCCCUACCUUGAGCAGUUUUAAUUCCUCUUGGAAGUGUUUGUGCAUUCUGUUAGUUGCUAUGCAGUGUUUGUUAUCUCUUAUCAGCCAGUACUCCCUAGGAAGGAGAUUCCUAGCUGCCCAUUUUGGCUAUGAUACAAUGCUUUCUUUAAUGAACUGUUCGUGGGUUGAUGAAAUUGAUAGCUGGCGUGCAGAGAAGAAGCUUUGCAGUUACCUCAUUCAUGAGUAGGUACUACGUUGUGAUUUUUGGAAUAGUUUAAGAUUCUUGGCAGAGGUGAUUGAUCUGGGGUACUACCUACAAAAGUAACCUGGCAGAGUAAGCAUCUCCUUAAUGUAAGAGUCAUGUGAGGAGCAGGGACUUGGCUCCUUCCUGUCACAAUAAACAAUUGUUGUGGCACCCUAACAUAACCUAUGUCACGUAAUACAUCGAAUACUUAUUUUUGAAGUAUGGUCAGAGAUUGUUAUAAUGUUGAGACUUCAAGGAUAGCUUUUCUAUGUAUCUAUAUCCGAGUAUGGCUGAUGCUACUUGGUACCUGAUUUUAAUUCUGCUUACCACUGUACUAUGCAAGUAAAACCAUUUUAAACUGGUUUAACUAUGUGGCAUUCCCUAGAGAAAACGAUGGACUGUAAUUUUGAGAGGCUGCUAAGAAUUUUAAGAUUUCUCCAAAUUCAGUACAAGGUUACAGUUUCUACAGUUCUCCCUUGGAAGGGAGGAACUGACAGUGUGGUUAUACUUCCCAUAUUGCUCAUUCUGCAUAUUUCUUCUGUAGCCUUGUUCAAAGUGAGUGCUCCAUUUUUUUUCAUGGAAAGAAGAGUCUUUGUCUAUUUAGAAGGCUUUCAGAUAUUGAAGACAUCUUUUCAAGAAGUACAAAAAAUUCUAUCACUAAAAUCAAGUGAGGGCAGAUGUAGUGCUUUUGAAAACAGGUGCCUAAAUAUCAGAUGUUGCAAAAGAACUUGAAAUAUGGCUUAUUGCUGUUAACACGUGUUUAAUAUUUUUCUUGAUUUAUCAUUUUAAAAUAUAACACUUCCAGGUUUGUUGGUGAGAGGCAGACUAAUUCUUUAAUUUACUUGUGCUUGAAUCACCAUCUGAGUCCCAGUAUUGUACCAAUAAAGUUAAUUUAGGGCUUUGAAUACAUUUAUACAGAUUAUUGUUGAUACUUUUCCUGGGUGUCUUGACUUUCAUUGGAAUCCUUUCAGUAGUCAAAUAUGAGAUGUUGUUGGGCUCCAGCUUCCGUCAACUCCAACCAGUGUGGUGAAUGGUCAGAGAUGAUAGGAGUUACAACCCAUCAAUACCUGGUGGGUCACAGGUUUCCCCAUCACUGAAUUACGGACUGAACACACAAUCAUAUUAGCUGAUAGACUGGGCAGACCUUCAUAUAUGGUGUAAUUAUCACAUAAUAUUUCACGCAUGCAUAAGGAAAUACAACAGCUAAAGGUUUCCACCUUGUGACCUAAACAUUUUUCUAGGGUUUUAAAAUAGUGGUGUGACGACAAGAGCAUUUUGGAGACUAGGCCUGUCAUGUAACUAGUGAAGAAAGACGCUAUCCUGUCAAGAUAUGUUGUUUAAUGGUGCAGGAACGCCUUAUCAGUCUCAUUCUGAGCUGUAACAGUAGGGGAGAGGUAUUAAGAAUUAAAAUGAAUAGGCUAAUGCUUUAAGAAGCAUUAUGUAAGGCUUUGUUUUGGUUUUUAGCACAUGCCCCUAUUAUUCUUCACACCCUAGGGCCCCAAUUUCAGGACUGCUCCACACAAGGCAUUAAGAAAUUAAUUUCACAUGUGGGGAACUUUCAUGGAUCCCCAACUGGCAGCAAAGCAGAGGCUUGAUACAUGGGGUAUAACAAACAUGUGAUAAGCAUCAGUAGACGCCUGUAUUGGCAAUUCAUGUUCCAGCCCAGUGGUGUUGUUGUUUUUAAUGUGAUAUGAUCAUCCUUUUUCCCUUUGGGUUUUUACAGUCUUCUCUUGGAGUACCUUGUCAGUAUUUAUAGAAUGAGAAAUCAGACACUGGUUAUGUUUGGACGUAACACUAAACUAUGGUUUAGUUCAGGACGGUGAAUCUGUGGCCCUCCAGCUAUUGGCCUACAACUCGAAUCAUCACUGAUCAUUUGCCAUGCUGGCUGGGGAGUCCAAAAAUGUCUGGAGGACCACACAUUCUCUAUCCCUGGUUUAGUGCUUUGAAAAUGAGCCUAGACUCCCCCUGGGCUUGUGUGCUCUCUUCUCCUUCUCCAGUGUGAUGGUGAGGAAGAAAUUGAAAGCUUCUGUUUUAGAUUAAGCACAGUUUAGGGUUCAAGCUUGUUUUGUAUUCAUUAAUGAUAACCACUAGUUAUGAUAACCAACUCCCCCUCACAGCCAUACCAGAGAACAAGGGGAAGGACUAAUUUAGUGUUUUGUCCAAACCAGCCACUCUCCUGUUAACAAAAUGACUUUGUUAACAGGUUUAGGUAGAAAUGCCAAAGAAAGAGACGAAGGAAUUAUUCUCCCAAUGCUUUGGUUUCUUUUAGCAAGUUUAUUUAGCAAGUUAAGCAUUUCUUUCCAGAAAGCAGACAGUUCCUAAGGUUAUUUAGCCAUUAUUUCUGUGUUUUGCGGGGGGAGUUGGCAGUGUUUCAUACUUUAUUUUCCACUCAGAGUUGGCUUGCUAACUCAUUUAAAAGGAUAGUAACUCCUAAGACUGUGCUGGAAGAAACUCACUAAUAAAAUGUUAAUAUGA